AUGGAUGCGUUUGGGCCGGUACUGCUGAAGAACAAGGCUGCCAUUGAGGUCAUUCCGAGAAAGACCUUCAAGUACGGUUUGACCGACCGUCACCAGCUCGACGUAUUCUAUCCUCCAGCUUCUUCGGGCGCGACCAAGGCGCCUAUCUUAUUCUUCAGCUAUGGGGGUGGAUUCAUCUCUGGCGACCGUAGCGUCCCUGGUCCAUACGAAUCUGUCGUCUAUCGUAAUCUCGGCACGUACUUUGCAUCCAAAGGCUUCAUCACAGUCAUCCCAGACUAUCGACUCGUUCCCAACGUCAAGUUCCCCGAAGCCUCCGAAGACAUUCGCGACGCCGUUUUCUGGAUCGUGCAGAACCCCGCCAUCUACAAAAGCGCAGAAGGACCCGAACCCGAUGUCGAUAAUCUGAUCCUCAUGGGCCACAGCGCCGGAGCCGUCCAUACCGCGAUUCUCAUGCUCUACCCACCCGUGCUCGCGGUCACGCCAUACCUUCGUGGACAUAUCAAGGCAGUCGUUCUCAGCGGUGCUCUCUACCACUUCGGCGUUGCCGCCCUUCCGCCUCCCAUAUUGGCCCAAUACUUUGGAGAAGGGGAGGAGUUGGAGCAGAGAGCGGUUUUGAACCUCCUGAAGAGCGCACCUCCCACCUUGCUGAAGGGUCUGCCGCAAAUACUCAUGGUAGAGUCGGGACGCGAUACGAAGGCAAUGCAGGUUUCUGGAGCGGACUUUAGACCAGUGCUGGCAGAGAGGAUGAAGGAGGUGGGUGGCGGUGCCAAUGGAUGGACGGAGGCGCCGUGGAUUGUGGCGAAGGAGCAUAACCAUCUUAGCCUCAACUGGGCGUUGAUGAGCGGGGAAGGCGAUGAAUGGGCGGAAGAGCUUGUAAAUGAUCUGAAGAAACUGUAA